AUGCACGCAGUCGCUCGUCUCACAGAAGCUCCGGCGUCGUCACCACAAACGCUCGAGGCCGUCGUCAGGUUGAAGCACAAGAGCGUCCAGGAGCCACGAAGCAAAGCAUCGAGCAAAGAAGGAGAGAGCUCCACGGUGGAAAGCGGACUUGAGGCGGACAUCCAGGAGCCAAUCAGGAAGCGCGUGCGGUUCAACGUGGCUGAAGUCGUGGAGUUUGAGCCGACAAUGUGGACCGCUACUGUCUCGUCUGAAGGUGUACCGCUUGGUAUGUCGGUGGACGUCCGGCGUCGGACCAAGCGGCUGCUGGAUACGUACGAGAUUGAGCGUGUCGUGCAGCGCGUCGGCCGUCAAGAGUACAUGGAGUUGGGCUACUUGGAACCGGACGAGCGGCUGGACAUUCUCGAGAAUGCUGGCCACUCGAUCUCGGUUUUGAGUCGCGUGGAACACGAGACGUUCCGGAUCAACCGUGAUCGAUGGGAAUCGAAUGAGUACGAUCUCAUGUACCAGUACGGUUUGGGAGAGGUACCGCUGCUGAUGGAGGAAGACGAGUCGCGUAUGCGACAGCCGGAAGAUGAUGGAGACGAUAUUAUGCUUGUGGACGAUAGCAGUGAGGAUGACUUUUUCUUUGGCAGCAGUAGUGCCCGGAAUAUGGUGGUGGACUCUGAAGUACGCUUUGCGAUGGAGGACAUGGAUGCGUACGACGCUAUUCAUGUGCGAUCGUAUGACGACCUCAGUAUUGAUUACGCUUCGGACUGUAUCUUGGGUGACAACGAUAGCUCGGACGAGAACAACGAGCUGCCGUACGCCAUCGACUCGUUCGAGUCGCCUCAGGACUGCGACUUGCUGGAGAUGGGCACAUCGCCGUCCGACGUCUCUGGUACAUCCGACUGCGUGCUGGGUGCAGUAAAACCUCCGAGCUGUGCUCAGUUGUUUGCUAGUUCCACGGUCAGUGCUGGUCGACUAUCCGAGUCUGGCAGUUCCGUCAUUGCAGCAGAAGCAGCUUCGGUUGUCGCCGUGUAG